AUGAGCGGUGUCGACGAAAAUGAUCCUCUUUUGCAAGCGCUUAAUGAGGAUAAUGCCCAAAAUGACGAGACAUUGACACUGUCGGACCCCGAACGGGAACGGGCGCUUUCCAAGUUCAAAGAUCGCUUAAUCGAACAUCGCCGAUGGGAUGCUAGAUUGAAAGAAUUAAGGCUCAAGAUUAGAGAUCUUGAGAAGGGAUAUGAAAAGACUGAAGAUGAUAUCAAGGCUUUACAAAGUGUCGGGCAGAUUAUUGGUGAAGUUUUGAAAGAACUUGAUGAGGAAAGAUUCAUUGUCAAAGCACUGUCUGGUCCGCGAUACAUAGUUGGUUGCCGCAAUACUAUUAAACGAGAGUUACUCAAAAACGGUGUGAGGGUGUCAUUGGACAUGACAACUCUCACAAUCAUGCGUAUUUUACCAAGAGAGGUUGAUCCAUUGGUGUACAACAUGACCACUUUUGAACCCGGUGAAAUCUCGUUUAAUGGUAUUGGAGGGUUGACGGAACAGAUCCGCGAAUUGCGAGAAGUCAUCGAAUUACCAUUAAAGAACCCUGAAUUGUUCACUAGAGUUGGUAUCAAGCCUCCUAAAGGUGUUUUACUUUACGGUCCUCCUGGUACAGGUAAGACUCUUCUUGCUAAGGCUGUUGCUGCCACCAUUGGUGCGAACUUCAUUUUCUCCCCCGCCUCGGCCAUUGUCGAUAAGUACAUUGGUGAAUCGGCUCGAUUGAUUAGAGAAAUGUUCUCAUACGCAAGAGAGCAUGAGCCUUGCAUAAUCUUCAUGGACGAAGUUGACGCUAUCGGCGGUCGGCGAUUUUCCGAAGGUACAUCCGCCGAUCGAGAGAUUCAAAGAACUCUCAUGGAACUUUUGAACCAGAUGGAUGGUUUUGAUACACUUGGCCAAACAAAGGUUAUUAUGGCAACAAAUAGACCGGAUACCUUGGAUCCGGCUUUGUUGCGCGCGGGGCGUUUGGAUAGGAAGAUUGAAAUCGGUUUACCGAAUGAAGCGGGUCGACUUGAGAUUUUUAAAAUUCACACUGCCAAAGUUGCCAAGCAAGGCGAGUUUGAUUUCGAAUCGGCAGUGAAGAUGUCGGACGGAUUCAAUGGUGCUGACAUUCGUAAUGUUGUUACCGAAGCUGGGUUUUUCGCCAUCAGAGAUGAGCGAGACUACAUCAUCCAAAAUGAUUUGAUUAAAGCAGUUAGAAAGGUUGCCGAUGUCAAAAAAUUGGAAGGUAAGCUCGAUUAUGAGAAGCUUUAG